AAGUGUCUCCGGAGAAAGGAAGCCAUCCCGCCGGAGGUAUCCCCGCCAUGGGCCGCAACAAGAAGAAGCAGCGAGAUGGCGGAGAGCGGCGGCCGCGGCUCGUACUCAGUUUUGACGAGGAGAAGCGACGGGAGUACCUGACAGGCUUCCACAAGCGGAAGGUGGAGCGCAAGAGGGCGGCCAUCCAGGAGCUGCGGCAGCGGCUGAAGGAGGAACAGAAGAAACUGCGCGAGGAGCGCCACCAGGAGUACCUGAAGAUGCUGGCCGAGAGGGAGGAGGCGCUGGAGGAGGCUGACGAGCUGGAGCGCCUGGUAACAGCGAAGACGGAGUCGGUGCAGUACGACCACCCUAACCACACUGUCACCGUGACCACCAUCAGCGACCUGGAUCUCUCAGGGGCCCGACUGCUCGGGCUUUCCCCGCCUGAGCAGAGGCUGGGGGAUGAGUCCACGGACGAGGUGCCUUCCACUGAGAAGCCGAUCCGAGCCUUACCCAGGAAGUCCAAAGACCCCCUGCUAUCUGAACGGAUCUCCUCCCUCACCGCGACGCUGCACGCGCACAGCCGCAGGAAGGCCAAGCGGAAGCAUGCCCGUCGCACCCAGGACUCCAAGAAACCCCCGAGUGCCACACGCACCAGCAAGACGCAGCGGCGCCGUCUGACGGGCAAAGCCCGUUCCAGUGGGGAGUGAGCCCUUCAGGAGCCCAGAAGGCAUGGUCCAUGCCUGAAACCCAGCCCUGCAGGGAGUGAGCUCCCGGCAGCCAGCAGGGCCUGACCUGGCCCAGCAACCUGAGGCACGCUGGGUUUCCAACCAGAGAUAGGCUGCUGUCUCCCCAACCCACUGGAGGACUUGUGCAAGCCAGGUGUGGGGCGUCUGCCCUGAUGGUUACCCUGCCUGGGCCCCACCACCUUGGGAAGCACACCAGGUGUACACCUGGUACUUGGUUUAUCUUUAGGCUUGGACCACACACCACCGGAAUGUCUGGACAGGGGAAGUGGUUGGGAGAGAGGCCCUGCCUCUGUCCAGUGUGCCUCCCUGUGGGCACAGACUGUACUGGCUGUGGCGGGCUGGGCAGAACGCAUGGCCCACCUGCUGCUUUCACAGGUGGGUGGCCAGGGUGGUUUGGGCCGUUGCGGUCCUGCCCUGCCUGCCUGGGCCUGGGCCUCUUCCCAGGCCUUGGCAGCACCUUCCGAUGGCACUGAGGUGGUCACUUCCCCCCUAGCUGUGGGCACUUUCAUUGCUCCAGGCGGAGCCCAACAAAGAAGCCAGUGACCCUCACGUUACAGCUUGUUGAGCCAGUGAGCUGCUUGCUGCUGCCCUCUUAGGACCUGUGGAGGUGACCUGAGGGGUCUACCCCGGGGCUUCAGCCACUUCACCCUUCAGGGUGUGGCCCGCCACCACCCAGGCUGGCCCAGCCCCUUCUCUCAGCUCUGCUGACAGGAAGCUGUCCCCAGUUGGUAAUGUUUCUCAGCGUUAAAUCUUCGUUGUCACUUGUGUGUGCCACCAGUUCUUCCAGAAGACCCCGGGUAAAUGACACGGCUAAUCCUGGGGGCUGGGUGGUGGGCUUGGUGUGCCCUGGAGAGCCCCUCCUCCUGGCAGCCCCUCCCGAUGCUCCACUCUGGGCUUGCUCUUCCAGGCCCGAGGAGCUUUAGCAAGAAGGGUUCGGUUCAGCUGCUUGUUCUAUUCAAAUUGGAAAUGAACGGGAUGACGUCAGAAUUCUCUGGUUGACUGGCCAGAAGUAGCUGCCUGGAGCUCAGGGCUCUGUCUUUGGUAACCUCUGUGAUGGCUGCACGAGCCAGCAGCGAGGGGAGGGGGUGAGGGAAGAGUUGACUGGUUGACAGUGUCCUGUACUGGCCAGGAGCAAGGCCACAGCAUGGUGCCACCUCGAGGCCCAUGGAGACUCAUGGUGCAGCUGAGGGGUGCUGGCCUUGGGCUACACCCUGCAGGAUGCGGUCUGACUGGAGCACAGGCAGCUGCAGGCCUGGAGUGGCCCUUGUCAGAACCUUCCCAAGAGGCUAGGCCGUGGGCUGUGCUGCCAAGAACAAUGACCACGGGUCCCAGACGUCCAGCUCAGCCAGGAAGGCCAGGGCCCUCCCCUAGCCCUGCCUGAGCACCCAGGCGUGGGGGUGACUGUGCUCCAGGGAGCACAGCUGUGGGGGUGCCGAGGAGUGGUGCUAGCUUCUGGUUUCUGAGUACUGGCUGUACCAAGGCAUGGUUUACCCACUGAGUGGUCAUAGUAGCUACGUCCUGAAGCCUGCUCUGAGGUGAGGUGCCCCCUUGGCUACGCCACUGUGGCAACCAGUCUGACUGCUCACCGCCUCUGGGUCGAAGUCAGGAUUUAAACUGUCUCUCUAGGCGGAUGCAUAUCCCUAGGGAAGGGUGCCCAAGCCAUGGGGAGCCAUCUGCAGGAGAGAGGGACCCUAAGCAAGCUCAUGCCCCAAAACUUGCCUUCCGGGGGUACCCCUCACCCCCUGAGAGAUGUGAGGAAUUCAUCCCCAGAGUGAGCUCCUACUUAAGGCUAAGAAAUUUGUGGAGGAGGUGGCACGUGAGCCCUCACCAAGGAGAUGGGACAACUGAUUGACUGU